CCGUUCGUUUCUCCUCAUCGGAAUCUGUUGCCUGGUCUGGUCAAUAAAUUAAACGCCGAGUGCUGCAACUAAAAGGAAAAAGUGAUCUGCGAGUUGAACACUGGAGUUUGUGAGAAUGUCGGAGGAUUUCUUAGCAGUGCACCACUGCUCUACAUCUGCGCGGAUGGGGUAGCAGUGAAGGGCACAUAUUGUGGAAAAUUCUUAUUAUUGUCUUUUUUUUUCGUUGAAAUUUUUAAGCUUUUUUAAAGGCUUAUUUAUACAGAUGUGUUCAUAAAAAUAUUAGUGCAACAGAAGCCAAGCCAUAUACAUACGUAGUUUGAUCGUGAAGCUUAGAGUCAAAGACAUGACCGGAAGAAACUUUACAAAGCAACUUAAAAUGGCCCUUCAAAACGACGUAAUUUUCCGGGCUAUAUUCUGACUAAAUUGUAAUAAUACUAAAAGUGUUUUAUGGGUGCCAUCAAAAUAACUCAAUUAUAGUCACUUUUUGUACUCAAGGAAAAUGCCAAUACCUUAUCUCCGAACUAAAUGCAUACCGAUAUUAUAAUUUGUAAGCGCACACACUAUUUGCAAACAAUACUUUAGCAUCAGCAUUUGCUAUAAGUUCAUUAGAAUUUUGCACUUAUCAAUUUUCCCAAUAACUAUUUUCAAAUUUGCAGUCUCAGCGAAGUGGGUGCCAAGUUAAAUCAUAUAAAUUCGCGGUUUUAGGGGGAGCAUUCAUCAGUUUCCUACAAGCAUCCUAUAACAGUCUUAGCAUGGCAUCUCAAAAGCUCCAUUCGUUGCUCCUCAUCGGAAUCUGUUGCCUGGCACUGGUCAACAAAUCCAACGCCGAAUGCUGCACUUCCAAGGAGGAAGUGAUCUUCAAGAUGGACAGGGGAGACUGCGAGGAUGUCGGAGGACAUGGAGACGAUCCGCACCGCUGCCGAAUCUUAAUCUGCGCGGAUGGGGUAGGCCUGCACGGCGCAUAUUGUGGCAGGGGUCCUUGCAACGUUUUCGGCUGCAACUGCGAUGGCGGAUGUCUGACUGGCGACUGGAGCCGAAGUUUCGUGCAAAACAACAGAUACAAUGGAAUCGAAAUUCUUGAAGUUACCAGGAUCCCCUUGUAA